AUGGCGCAGCAAGAGUCCGUUCUUGUCUUGCUCAAACACUGUCAAGAGAUGAGGCGACAUGAGAGUCUCUUGCGUUUUUUCACGGUAUUCUUGGUUAUUGGUUGUGCAGCUGUAUUUUUCUUUACGUACCAUGUGAUCAGAGACAGUAAUCAGAAGGUAAGCAUUGCAGGGGCAUCCAGAUGUUUUGACGGGGCACACAGAUGCUUGGGUGCUUUGGCAUUGGGUUUAAAUUGAACUUUAAUUCACUUCUGUCGGUCACCAUUAAUAGUUAACUUGUCUCUGUGUUUGUAGGAUACAUUUAAUCCUGCAGAAUACUCACGACAGCAAGGUAAAUCUAUUUCACUGGUAUGAUAUGUGUUCCAUAUAGCACAGGCCUUGCUGACAGCAAGCAUGCACUGAUCAUUAUGUUUUCCUUUUCUUUCUACCAGAUCGUCAAGGACAGAAUCUGAAGAAGCCAAAUGCUCACCUGACAAGUAGGUUAAUUUAAUCAAGCGUGUUUACAUGCUGUUUGCAUGUGAGUAUUUGCAAUUUAGCUACAAUUUAUUUAUUGAUGAUUAGUACCAGUUCUUCUGUAAUAUAAUUGUAUUAUCAUGAAGAUGUGCCUUUAUGAUGCCCUCAUCUUGUAGAAACCACAUGCUUUUUGGAUAUCACUGAGAAACCCAUAAUACAUGGGAAUGGUGUUAUUCACUUGCCUAAUCUAACUUCCUACUGAGUUUUCUAAUAUAGUGUGCCUACUGUGGGUCUGUGGUAAUAUUGUGUGAGAGCCUCUGUCAGGAAUGUUGGAUUUUUGUGUUUUUAAUAUUAAGUGUAUAUAUUUAUAUUUUCUCUGAUCCUCUCCAUCUUCUCCUACCUCCAGCACCAACAAGCUGCAACAACUCAGUGCCUGCAGAAUACAUCCAAUGGGAUCACCAAGACACCGGCUUGGUGCACAUGCAGGAUUUCACCUAUGACGAGAAGAAGCACGCUCUGGUUGUUCCUCGGGGAGGCCGAUACUUUGUCUAUGUGGGGAUCAACUUUAGAAUGCCGGAUAAGGAUGAGGUAUCUAGAGAGGUCCAAUUACUUAGCCUGAAAGUCCUGAAAUACUCCAAGAGCUACGAAGAUAAUCGCCCUAUCAUGGAAGUAAGGGAUAGUUUACCAGACGAUGGGAGAAGAGAGACAAGGACAGUGUACACAGGACAGGUGGUCACUCUGGAGGAAGGGGACCUCCUGCGGGUGUCGAUUUAUGAAGACAAUUAUGAACUGAUUGACUGUUCAGGAGAGACCACCAUGUAUUUUGGUGCUUUUCUCCUCUAG